AUGUCUCUCCGCGCACCACCUGCCCCUCUCCGCAAAACCUGGAGUAGAUCCGGAGACGAGUCCUAUUGGGAAAGCCCGACCCGGGACCCCUCCUCUGCUCCCCGUCCCGAACGCAGAUCACGCCCACAAAGCGCCACGGAAGGAGGACAAUUCGACGGAUGGUUCAAACAUCUGCAAAGAGUCCAGCAAAGUUCCAAUCAGGACCAAGCUGGACAAUUUGGAGAUACCUUUCGAGACAGAGAAGCCGGUUUUCCCACUUGGAAAGCAAAAGGAGGUGUCUCGUCGAGUUGGGGAUCUUCUUCUGGAGGGACGAGCUUAUGCGGGAGUUCGUUUGGGAGUCAGGAGUCUGUUCAAAGCGGGAUACCGUCUCCUCCGGAAAGAAGAGACAGCUGGGAGAAAGCGAGGAUAAGCCAAACCCCAAAGAAGGAGCAGGGCAGAGUGAGUUUUCUGACGCCGGUGAAGAUCGGGUGGCUGCCCAUCAAAAGGAAGGUGACGAUGGUCGGGGAGCAGGGACGCAACUCAGACACUGCAGGACAACAGGUGAAGUUGAAGCCACCCAUCACCCCCACACUGGUGACGAAUGCCCCGCCCUCUGUAAAGAACUGCAGUGACGAGGAGGAGCGGAGGAGCCAGUGUGAGGCCAGCGCUGGAGGGAGGACGUCAUCGUGGCAACAGCAGGACUCUACGACCGACAAACAGGUUCCAGAGAAGCGUAAUCCUGCUGUCACCGUUGGCGACGCACCCGUUAGUUGGCAAGCCCUGAAGCGAAGUUGGAGACUAAACCGGGUCUUAGCACUUCCAGGUUCAAGUCCGAGUACCAAGAACCAACCCAGGACUAACUUAGAUCCCCCUGCAUCCAAAACCUUCACCCAAACCUCCAACGUACCACAAGACAAGCCAGAACUUCUUCACAGGACGACUUUUGCAGACCCUUCGAGAGACAGUGUAACAUUUAAAACACCACUGCAGAGAACUUCAAGUGUCCAACCCCUCAAAGCUUCGCACAUCGACACAGCUUCUACCACGAAAACCGUAAUUCCGGAAAACAAAGCCGGGUUUUCUUCCAUCACAAUCUCCUCGAGGAAGGUUUGCCGAUCUUCCAGCCUUCCUCCGACUCCUUCCGCGAACCAAGAAUCUAUGGACUCUCGACGAAUUAUGGUGCAACGGAAAGCAACUAUAGUGAAAGUGACCGAGCAAAGGGUGACGACUAGUCCGAUUCACAGCGUAAAACCAGGUCUAAAUCAAACGGCAAGUCAGAAUCUGGAUACGGUGGUCCACAGGAGAAAAGCUACAAUCAUCAAAGUGACGGAACAUAGAGAAACUUAUACUCCUAACGAUUCUAGUCGGACCAAGGAGCACAGACAUAGUUACACCGAAGGAUUGUACAAUGAAAACCGCACCUGGACGCAAGAAAAUCACACAAUCCCAAGUUCAAACCCCGUAGAUUCAAAACCGAUUCACAAAUCUACGUUGAAUCUUAUGAUAAUGCCUCCACCCGCAACAGUCGCCCCAACAGCAAAUUCGGAAAUCACAAAUGUAACGCCAAAAAGACCCCAAAGACCGUCGAGUUGCUACGGAAAUGUUUUUGGGAAUUCUGAGGGAGCUGAUGAUAAAAAAGUGCAGCCGCUCACCAGGAAAUUGAGUUUUGAUUCUUCGCAGAGAAAUGGUUUUGGGAAUCUUGCAAAGGCGAACGGGGUGAAAACGUCAGGACAAUCGAAAAACACAGAUGGAGAGAUGGUGGUGCCUCCUCUGACGCUCAUCAAGGCUCCUGAUGCGGACCAAACUCCAGAGGACGUCCUGGCUCUGAACGCCGCAGCCAUUAUCGCAAACAUCAAACUGCAGAGACAAUUCAGCAAAAAGAAAACGCCAAACGGAAAAUCUGAAAACCACUCUGCUCCGUCACCGCAGGAGAACUCUGAAACCGAUGCCCAGGACUCCGUGAAGGACGAUAGCAGCACGAACAAAUCACACGCUGCUGCCUUCGUGCCUUUGAGCAAUGACAUUCAGAGACCAGCGCAGAAUGUGUCUCUACAGGAGGCUCUGCUCAGGUCUCGUCCGGACUUCGUCGCUCGGUCCAGACGCAGGACUGAGGAGCUGGAGAGGAGGGCCCAGGAGAGGAGAGACCAACUGAGGAGGGGGGCCCAGGCGAAGAGACGGGGCAGUGCUCACUCAAGACAGCCCCAAAGCAACAGCUGUCCAGGGAUAAAUGCGAAGGAUCAUUCUUUAAAAUCCAGCAAUAGAAACGUCACAAAAAGACAGCAGCCUCCAUCCAAACGGCCCUCGGAGGUGAAGAGGAGACAGCAGCAGCAGCAGGAGGAGGUGAAGAGAGAAGCCGGUUUGAACAGACAGAGGGCUGAGCUGUUUAAAAAGAAACUUUUGGACCAAGUUCUUCAAAGGAGCAAAGACUGAGAGCCGCUGAACUUCGCAGACGACGACGCUGGAUUCUUCUACACGAUUCACAAAGUCCAGACAAAGCGAAGUUAAGCUCUCUACAAUAGAUUAAAUACAACGUGGAUUGGACUUUUGACUACUACAGUGUUCUCCAGACCCAACUUUGACUCUCUUUCUUCUCCUGAGAUAAGCAGCUAUUAUUCUCGCACUUCAAAACCUAAAUUUUUGAGGUAGCAAACUUUAAAAAGAGGUCAUAUAAGUAUUGGUGUGAACUCUGGGCAAAGUUAUGAAUAAAAUCUGUGGACGCGCAACUCAUUGUAGACCAGAGUGUCCCAAACUU